CUCGCCUCGCCGCAGGUGAGUCUGGGCAAGGGGUCCUCGGCCCCGCGGGUUGCUCACCUUGCUGAGGACCCCGCAGCGCUCCACAGGCGGCCCGGACUCCGUCUCCGGAUCCUCCUCCGAGCCCGACGAGUUCCAGCUCUGGUUAUCCGACAUGGAGGCGCGACAGCCGAGCAGGAGACCGGCCCCCGCUCCCUGAGCUGCGCCGUUGGAGGCGCCCAGUCCCCGGGGUGAAGCGUCGGAGGAUGGCGAAGGAAGGAGUGCCCGCUCGGGAGCAGGAGGGAGCUGGAGGAGGGACGAAGUGCGCCCGCCGCGCCGCCGCCGCGCCUGACACCGAGCGGACCGGGGAAGGAGGACGAGUGGCGAAGGAAGCCUGCCCUUCCAGCCGUCAGCCGCCGCCGCCGUCGUCGCCGUCGCCGUGACCCCUGCGCUCUGCCCGGCGCUGCCACCCGAACUCAGCCCCCUCGGUGCCAACCUCGGGGGAAACGAAAAGGGGAGGAAGAGGGGAAAAAAAAAUCUAGCUGCAGAGACCCAGGUCCACUCACACCUCCGCUACCGCCGCCAUCUUCCCGCCUGGCCCACUAUUUACCCUCCCCUCCCCUCCCCUCUCCCCUCCCCUUCGUCCUCCCAUUCUCCCCCGGCUCCCCGCCCCGUCCUCCUCCCAACGUCUGACGCGACACGCCGAGGCUCGGAGUCCCCUCCCGCAACCUACCUCCUGCCCUCCCGAGUGACGCCGGGUAGAAAACUAGGAAGAGCGGAGAAAGGAGAAGGAGGGAUGGGGACGCCACUGUGCUGCAUUCUGGGAAGGACGCUGCUCCGUACGCCGCGCAGCCUCCUGGGAGUUGUAGUCGCGGUCCUGAGGUAACUGGAGAGAGAGCCGAGUUGUUUACACCAUGGAUAGCACAGAGGAGAAGAAUAACAGCACAAAGGAGAAGAAUGACAAUUACAAAGAUGAUCUUCUGCUAAGGAUGGGACUUAAUGAUAAUAAAGCCGGAAUGGAAGGAUUAGAUAAAGAGAAAAUUAACAAAAUUAUAAUGGAAGCCACAAAGGGGUCCAGAUUUUAUGGAAACGAGCUCAAGAAAGAAAAGCAAGUCAACCAACGAAUUGAAAAUAUGAUGCAACAAAAGGCUCAAAUUACCAGCCAGCAGCUAAGGAAAGCACAAUUACAGGUUGACAGAUUUGCAAUGGAAUUGGAACACAGCCGGGAUCUGAACAAUACCAUAGUACACAUUGACAUGGAUGCUUUCUAUGCAGCUGUAGAAAUGAGGGACAAUCCAGAACUGAAGGAUAAACCCAUUGCUGUAGGAUCAGUGAGUAUGUUGUCUACUUCGAAUUAUCACGCAAGGAGAUUUGGUGUUCGUGCAGCCAUGCCAGGAUUCAUUGCAAAAAGACUCUGCCCACAACUUAUUAUAGUGCCCCCAAACUUUGACAAAUACCGAGCUGUGAGUAGAGAGGUUAAGGAAAUACUUGCUGAUUAUGAUCCCAAUUUUAUGGCCACGAGUCUUGAUGAAGCCUACGUGAAUAUAACAAAGCAUUUAGAGGAAAGACAAAAUUGGCCUGAGGACAAAAGGAAGUAUUUCAUCAAAACAGGGAACUCUCUAGAAAAUGAUAAACCAGGAAAGGAAGUUAAUAAACUGCGUGAGCAGGAACGAUCCAUCUCUCCUCUACUUUUUGAAGAUAGUCCUCCUGAUUUGCAGUCCCCAGGAAAUCCUUUCCAAGUGAACUUUGAAGAACUGAAUAAUCUUCAAAUACUCCAAAACUCAAUUGUUUUUGGAACAUCAGCUGAGGAAGUGGUAAAGGAAAUUCGUUUCAGAAUCGAGCAAAAAACUACACUGACAGCCAGUGCAGGCAUUGCACCAAAUACAAUGUUAGCGAAAGUAUGCAGUGAUAAGAAUAAACCAAAUGGACAAUACCAAAUUCUCCCUAAUAGACAAGCUGUGAUGGACUUCAUCAAGGACUUACCCAUUAGAAAGGUUUCUGGAAUAGGAAAAGUUACAGAGAAAAUGUUGAAGGCCCUUGGAAUUAUUACUUGUACAGAACUCUACCAACAGAGGGCAUUACUUUCUCUCCUUUUCUCUGAAACAUCUUGGCAUUAUUUCCUUCAUAUUUCCCUGGGUCUAGGUUCAACACACCUGGCAAGGGAUGGAGAGAGGAAAAGCAUGAGUGUUGAGAGGACAUUCAGUGAGAUAAGUAAAGCAGAAGAACAGUACAGCUUGUGCCAAGAACUUUGCAGUGAACUUGCUCAAGAUCUGCAGAAAGAAGGACUUAAGGGUAGAACCGUUACCAUUAAGCUAAAGAAUGUGAAUUUUGAAGUAAAAACUCGUGCAUCUACAGUUUCAUCUGUUGUUUCUACUGCAGAAGAAAUAUUUGCUAUUGCUAAAGAAUUGCUAAGAACAGAAAUUGAUGCUGAUUUUCCACAUCCCUUGAGAUUAAGACUUAUGGGGGUGCGGCUCUCUGGUUUUCCCAAUGAAGAGGAGAAGAAACACCAACAAAGGAGCAUUAUUGGCUUCUUACAGCCUGGAAACCAAGCCCUGUCAGCCACCAGAUGUAUACUAGAGAAAGCUGACAAAGAUCAGUUUCUAAAACCUCUAGAAAUGUCUCAUAAGAAGAGUUUCUUUGAUAAAAAACGAUCUGAAAGGAAUUGGAGCUACCAGGACACAUUUAAAUGUGAAACUGUAGAUAAACAAAGUUUACAGACAUCACAAUCCUUCCAAGUUUUAAAGAAGAGGAUGAGUGAGAAUUUAGAAACAUUGGAGAAUUUAGAUAACUGUCAUAUAUUUACCUGUCCUGUUUGCUUCAGGGAGCAAGGAAGCAUCAGUCUGGAAGCCUUUAAUAAACACGUAGAUGCGUGUCUUGAUGGACCUUCCAUCAGUGGAAACUCUAAAAUGUCCUCACGUUCACAUGCUUCCUCUACAGAAGUGAACGAGAAAGAAAAUGUACAUGAUUCUGUUUCUGUCUGUGAGAAGCAGGAUUAUGAAACUCAUCAGAAGAAUACAGAGAUCACAUCAGUAGAUUCUGUAGCGUUGGCAGAGACUACUGGUAAUCCAUCUAAUACAGAAGGUGUAGGUGCGCUAAGUAAUAAGCACAGCAAAGAGGAAUGUUCUAGUCUUCCAAGCAAAUCAUUUAACGUGGAACACUGUCCUCAGAAUUGUUGCACUGUUUCACUGGAAAAUGAAGAUGGUGCGUCAUUAAGAAGGAAAGAGCCCCUACAACCUUAUUUAUAUGAAGUGAUCAGUGACCAAGUCCUCGUUUGUCCUGUUUGUAACCUAGAACAAAAGACUUCAGAUCUUACCCUAUUCAACGUGCAUGUAGAUGUUUGCUUAAAUAAAGGCAUUAUCCAGGAACUGAGAAAGGAUAAGGUUAAUCCAGUUAACCAACCCAAAGAAAGCACCACAAGUACUGAUAACUCAGGCAAAGUACAGAAGAUUGGGACAAAAGCAAACAGGCCAGGACUGAUGACAAAGCACUCGGCGUCAAAGAAAACAAAACCAAACAGUCCCAGACACACCCUUGAUAUAUUUUUUAAAUGAACGUUGAACAUUUUAUCAUUAAUUUUUUAUUGAAACUUGUUAUUUUAUAAUCAAUGAAUGUAUUCUUCCUCAUUCCAGGCUUACAGAUUCAUUGAGUGAAAGGCAAGUGCAAUAAGCCCUCCCCAAAUGACAUUUCCUUUAUAUGAAUUUGGAAUAUAUACUAAUUUACUUCUGUAUCUUUUUUUGAUAACAAUGAGAAUUCCACUUCCAUUAUACUUCGAUUGGAAAUCAGUCCUGUUAGAGAUAAUUUUAAAAUGAGAAGUUAGGAAUGGGAUCAGGAAGUGAUUUCUUUCUUUAUUAUGUUUUUGGGGUUUCUUUGUUUUUGUUUUUUUUUGCGGUACACAGGCCUCUCACCAUUGUGGCCUCUCCCAUUGCGGAGCACAGGCUCUGGAUGCGCAGGCUCAGCGGCCAUGGCUCACGGGCCCAGCCGCUCCGUGGCCUGUGGGAUCCUGCCAGACUGGGGCACAAACCUGUGUCCCCUGCAUCGGCAGGCGGACUCCCAACCACUGCGCCACCAGGGAAGCCCUAUUAUGUUUUAUAGUGAAUAUAAAAACUUACAUUUAUAAGGGCUCUCAGAAGUUCAGAUAAACCUAUUUUAGCAUAAGAAUUUUUUAGCACUUAACCACUUUGUUUGCACUGGACUGCUAUGUUUGAUCUUAGUAUCUUCUACAACUUUGUAUAAUUAUAUUUUAGCUCCUAGUAUCUUCAGAUACCUCAUGAACAUUCAUAAUGAAUACUUAUCUUAAGUUCUAUGAAGAGUAUUAGCUUAGCAGAACUAGCAUGAGUGGUUUUGUUACCUUCAGGGAAAUAAUGUCACAGUAUUAUUUGCUGUGUUAAAAGAAUUUUUGUUUAAAAUAUGAUUAUUCAUUUGAUUUUUUUUAAUUUAAAAUUUUCUUUAUCUAAUGAAUAAGCACUUGGUUCACUUAAAAAAAACAUUUAGUCUAAGAUUCAUGGUAAUUAUUUUCUUAUCUAGGACUUUUAAACAGCAAUAUUUCAUUUCUUGACAGUUAUAUUUGUACUUUACACAAAUCUGUAAAAAAGGAUAAAUUGUACACUCACUUCAUUUUUAUUAUGACCUUCUGGAGAAGAAUGUGCAAUUCAAAAGUGUGCAAUUAAUGUGUGUUAAAACACCUCAUUUAUCUUAGUUAUAUUUCUAUCAUGUUUUCAUUAACAUUCGCGAAAGAAGACAGCUUAACAGUAGUUAGCUUAAGUAGUUCCAAAUAUUUUUGUGCUAUCAAUAGAGGAGUUUUUAUCAAAAAAACAAUUAUUUAAUUGAAACAUGAAGAUGGAACCCAUUUUCUAUUACGGCUUUAAGGAACUGAAUCUUUUGUUCUAAUAUUUUUGUUUCUUUUCAUAUUUUAUAGCUCAUUACCUAAAUGUAUAAAGACAAUGUUUUAGGAACAGCGUAAAUUAGAAUCUCACACAACCUUUGGCCAAAGUGGUAAUUUGACUUUAAAUUACUAGAUGAUUUAAAAUUAGGCUUAGUUUAUUAACAUACCAAUUUCAUGCCUAAUAUUAUUAUACGCUAUGGUUAAUACCUAGUUGUAGAGCUACGCUUCUUGAUUGUGUGAUUUACUUACAUUAAUUCUCUACAAAAUUAACUUCAAUGAAGCAGUGAUUUAAUGUAUUGAAAAGUAGAUAGCACCAUAUUUGUUCUUUUC